AUGCGACGAUUCAUGAUUGACAUUAUGAAAACGCAGAAAGUGAAUCCAUCGCACGCCGAGCAAUUAGCCGACGUUCUUCUCGAGGCCGAUGUGCGAGGGCAUUACAGUCACGGGUUAAAUCGACUAGAGAUGUACGCUAGGGACUGCAUGAAAAAAGUGACUAAAUGCGACGGCACACCAAAAAUUCUCAAGGAACGAGCUGGAUCAGCCUGGGUUGAUGGUAUUAGUCUCUUGGGCCCUGUGGUUGGCAACUUCUGCAUGGACCUCGCUAUCAAAAAAGCCAAGGAUGUCGGUAUUGCGUGUGUGAGCGCUAAAGGUUCAAAUCAUUAUGGCAUCGCUGGAUGGUACGCUAUGAGGGCAAUGAAACAAGGCCUCAUCGGAAUUUCAUGCACUAACACAUCUCCUAUAAUGUAUCCAACAAGGUCAGCAAAAGCAGCUCUUGGAACGAAUCCUAUAGCAGUCGGCGCUGUAGGUACAGGAGGUGAUUCCUAUCUGCUGGACAUGGCAACAACCACCGUGGCCAUUGGAAAGGUUGAAAUUGCAAAGCGAAAAGGUGAUAAAGUACCCGAAACGUGGGGUGUUAAAAAGGGCGGAACGAUGUCCACUGACGCGGAGGAGAUCAUCACCGGUGGUGGUCUGUUACCCAUCGGAGGCAGUGAAAUCAGCGGUGGUUAUAAAGGCUAUGGAUUGAGUUCGGUUGUGGAAAUGCUGUGUGGAAUGCUAUCGGGCUCCCAUUGGGGACCUAAUAUCCGUAAAUGGAUGUCGGCUACAUCAGACGCUGAUCUC